AUGAAGAAUGUACUUAUUGACUUGAAAGCAAAGCCAUCCAUAAGGGGAGGAAUAGAUUCGGACUUGACGCAAAAAGUCUGCCGAGAAGGAUCGAAGAUCGCAGAGAGUAUUGUAAGAAAAAAUGAGUUAUCGGAGGAAACUGUUAAUUAUUUAAAACCGAAAGAUUGCCAUGCUCCUAGAUUAUCGGAUUUGCCGAAAACACACAAGGACGGUGUUCCAAUGAGGGGAAUAGUGUCAAUGAUAGGUUCACCGUUCGAGAAAGUGUCGAGAUCCCUUAUCCCAAUCUUACGAGUGAUACAGGGAAGAAGCGGUCUAUACAUAAAAAAAUCGCGAGAAUUAAAAGAGAGUAAAGAACUGGCGGUUAGAGAGAAACGAGGUUCCUGCGAGUUACGAUGUAAAGAACCUGUAUCGGCUUAUAUAUAA